AUGAGUUCCAGCAAGGAUCCACAAUCUCAAAUCCCCGCCAACAGCAAAGGCUCUUGGUCGAGUUUCCUCAAGUCUAUUGCAUCUUUCAACGGCGACCUGUCCUCCUUGACCGCUCCACCCUUCAUCCUCUCCUCUACCUCCCUGGUCGAAUAUUCCGCCUACUGGGCUGAACAUCCGAGUCUGUUCGUGGCCCCGGCCCAGGAAACGGACCCGGAGAAGAGAGCUCUGGCUGUUUUGAAAUGGUUCCUCAGCACCCUGCACCAACAGUACUGCAGCCGCAGUGAAAAGCUCGGCAGCGAGAAGAAGCCCCUGAACCCUUUCCUGGGUGAGCUCUUCAUCGGAAAGUGGAACGGCGACGAGAACGUCGGCGAUACCUCGUUGAUUAGUGAGCAAGUCAGCCACCACCCUCCCGCCACCGCCUAUGCGAUUACGAACGAUAAGCAUGGUGUCGAGCUGCAAGGAUACAACGCCCAGAAGGCGUCGUUCUCUAGCACCAUCCAAAUCAAGCAGAUCGGCCACGCACUCCUGACUAUCACUCCGCCCGGCGCGGACAAGAACGACCCUGCCCAGCAAGAACAGUAUCUCAUCACCCUCCCGCAUCUGCACAUUGAAUCCCUGAUCUACGGCACGCCCUUUGUCGAACUGGAGAAGACGACGAAGAUUGUCAGCAGCACAGGCUACGUGGCCAAGAUCGACUAUUCCGGCAAGGGCUGGCUGAGCGGGAAGAAGAACACGUUCACCGCGAGCUUGUUCAAGGAAAGUGAGGGCGAGAAGAAGCCCCUUUACACUGCCGAAGGCCAAUGGUCGGAGAAAUUCACCAUUCGCAAUGCCCGCACCAAGGAGGAGGUCGACAAGCAUGUGGUGAAGGAAGCCCAGACCACUCCCCUACAGCUGGCCCCUCUUGAGCAACAGGACCUCUUCGAAAGUCGACGCGCCUGGAGCGAUGUGGCCUCGUCGAUUGAGCGCGGUGACAUGGACUCCGUGUCCGCACACAAGGGCCGCAUCGAAAAUGCUCAGCGAGAGCUGCGCAAGAUUGAGAAGUCUGAGGGUCGGGAAUGGCCUCGACGAUUCUUCAAGCGCCUCGAAGAGGGUGAGGAUGAUGACCGGUUCAAGAGCCUCGCCCAGACUAUCGGCCUGACAACCCUGGAAGCCGACAAGACCGGUGGAGUCUGGCGCUUCGACCGCGAGCGCGCCACCGGUGCCCAGCCGCCUUACCACCCCGUCGGCCCCGAAGGUCUCGGCCUUAGCAGCAACUAA